GCGCCGCGGGCUGCCCGGAGCUAGCAAGUGCCGUGUCGCGCCGAGAGAGCUGUGCGUCCGCUGCCGUACCGUGCGCUGCGGGAGACGGGGCGUCGCGUUGUUGUCGAAACCAUGGAUACCGGAGGGGACGGCGGCGGUGGCGGCGGCGACGCGCUGCAGGACAUCGACUGCAACAUCGUGCUCGUCGGCGACUCCAAGUGCGGCAAGACGGCGCUCGUCGAGAGGUUCGUCUCGGACAAAUUUGUCGAGGUGUACACGCCGACUGGCUUCGAAAAGUACGCGUCGACGUACAACGUGGCGGACUAUCGGAUCCGCUUCGCCGUCUGGGACACGUCUGGUUCUGCGGCUUACGAUACGGUGCGACCUUUGGCCUAUCAGGAUGCAAAGGUGUUCCUGUUGUGCUUCAGGGUCAGUGAUCCCGACUCCCUCGACAACGCUGUCAACAAGUGGUACCCGGAGAUCCGGCAGCACUGCGACAACACGCCGGUCAUCCUGUGCGGCUGCCAGAGCGACCUGCGGAACGACAUCGAGACCAUCUCUGCGCUGGCCAAGCUGCACCACGCGCCCGUCUCCUCGGAGCAGGCUGUGUCCGUGAGCCGCACCAUCUGCGCCACAACGUACGUGGAAACGUCGGCGAAGGCGUCGGCCAAGGCGGUGCGCGACGCCUUCGAGGUGGCGGCGCUGGCGGCCCUGGGCAAGCUCAACAAGCACCACGCGCUGCUGCUGCAGCAGCGCGGCCGCGGCUACCCCUGCAAGAGCAAGCUGGACCUCAAGGCCGAGCUCAAGGGCCGCGCCAAGAGCUGCAGCAUCAUGUGAUGCCCGCCGCCCACACCACCGACAUCAACACCAGUGCCACCACCGCUGCGCGGCGCGUAGCUCCAGGCGGCACCGCCACUGCACUAGCCGAGGUGCCUGGUGGCAGCUGCCUCGCGCAAGCCCAGCUGGCGAAGUCACUUCCGGUCUGCACGACACACAGUCCCGGUCUUGAAGAUUGUCGUCAGUCAAAAUUAUGAACUCCGAAGGAAGGUGUAUAAAUGACAACUCAAUCAGUGAUGGAAUACAGGGAAACAUAUGGCUUUUGCCCUUCGAAAAAUGAAUAUUAGAGGGAACAUUAUGGAGAGGUAGAGGUGUGAUAAUAACAACGUGUAAGCGAAUACUAUCUUUCGCGGCCAAUUUCUUUCAUGAAAUCUUACCUCUUUAUCAUCCUGAAUCGUUCUGACGCUAUUUGUCCAACUGAUGAUAAACUGGAAACUCGUCGAAUCAUGGUACAGGACGAGAAUUCAAGAGAAAGACAUUCAUAAAUGGAGCAAGUCAAUAACGCGUUGGUCCGCCUCUGGCCCAUAUACAAGCAGGUAUUAGGCUCAGUUCAGAUUUAUGACUUCUGAACUUUUACUUUACAGUAAUUCUAAAAUAGUUUACAACUAAUGAAGCAGCUGCAUUCAUUGCAAAAUAUCUUUGUUCUCGUGAUAAUAAAUGCCUAGAAAAUUUUUCUACAUGUCCGCAAUGUAUCCUUCAUAAAACUCCCAGUUUGAUGUGGAACAUAAGCCUGUCAAUAGUACUGCCUUUAGGUCCUAAAAUUUAUAUAGUUUCGCACUUCUCUGCAUAAAAUGUUACCAAAUAUCUGUGUGCCAUAUCUGGACUGAGAUAAACUGUUUCUGUAC